AUGCAAAGCCACGCCACGCAGGGAGGCUGGGAUCCCUUUGGGGAUGACCCGCCCCCGCAGCCCGCAGCGCCGCCGCAGGGCCAGGCGCUGGCGUCCCUGAAGCCCGCGCGCGCGCCGCCGCCUGCGCCACCCGGCCGUGGCGCCGCUACUGCGGCGGUGGCGCCCUUCCAGGACCCUUUUGCACACGCUGUCAGCAAUCCCUUUGGCGCGCCGGGCUCAACGGGCGCGCCGCCCAGCUACACGGCAGCUGCGGGCCUGCCGCCGCCGCCGCCUUACGCGGUUGCGGCGGCGGCGCCUGCGUACAGUGCCUCGCCGAUCGCGAGCCUGCCGCCGCCUCCAAGCUAUGAAGAUUUAUUUGGGGCCACUGCUUCGUAUCAGGCGGCCGAGGGAAGCGGCGGCAUCGGCGGUGGCGUGGCCACGGCGGGGGCCCCCGCACCCGUGCCGGCACGACCCGCGCCAGUCAGGCCGCAGCAGGCCCUCGGGCUUGCGCCCGCGCGCGCCGCGCCGCCGCCGCCGCUGGGCCGGGCC